AUGGCAAAGGGACAACCUCGGCAAAGAGAGGAGCCAUGUACACCUCUGCAAAACAGAACAGAGUCAAAAACGAAAAUCAAACUCACAAGAUAUGGGAAGAUUACACUCUGUACCUUAAUGUUGGUGAUUGCUGCAGUCAUCACUGGACUCAUUGUCUAUUUUGUUGCCUAUGGAAAGACACCUUUCUACUAUCACAUCAGCUUUAAAAUCAACAAUAUUGACUAUGACAGCAAAUUUGCAAAACCCUAUUCACAAGAAUAUAUGGACCUAAAUAAAAAGAUAGUAUCUUUGAUAAAUGAAACAUUUAAUGAAUCCAAACUGAGAAGACAGUACAUCAAGUCUCAUGUUGUCCAAGUAAGCAAAGCCAAAGGGAAAGUGGUAAUACAUGCUAUACUGAAGUUUAAAUCUUGUUACAAAAAUAAUGCAGCAAAAUUUUGGGACAGAACUGAAACAAUUUUACGUGAAAAACUAAAGGGCCAAACUGGGUCAUUAUUUAUAGAUUCUUCCUCAUUUAAGUUUUCAGAUAUUGCAAUGCCGAUAGCAGAAAAUCUUCUUCAUACCUGUUGUGGGCAACGCACAAUAACUCGCUCUGGCAACAAAAUUGCAGGGGGUCAGGAUGCGGAGGAAGGUGAAUGGCCCUGGCAAGCCAGCCUUCAACAGAACAGUGUCCACCGAUGUGGAGCUACUCUGAUUAGUAACAACUGGCUUAUCACUGCUGCUCACUGUUUUAUAAAGGAAAAUAAUCCCAAAGACUGGAAUGUCAGUUUUGGGCUUCUUUUAAGUGAUCCAAAAACACAACGAACUAUCAAGGAUAUUAUAAUUCAUGAGAACUACCAUUACCCUGCACACGAUAAUGACAUUGCUGUUGUGCAUCUGUCUUCACCAGUAUUGUAUACAAGCAAUAUCCGAAGAGCAUGUCUUCCAGAAGCUACUUAUAAAUUCCCACCCAAUUCAGAAAUGGUAGUCACUGGAUGGGGAACAUUAAAGUCUGACGGAAAAAGUCCUAAUAUACUCCAAAAAGGAUCAGUGAAGAUUAUAGAUAAUGAGACCUGUAACAGUGGAAAGGCAUAUGGUGGAGUUGUCACACCUGGAAUGUUGUGUGCUGGGUUCCUGGAGGGACGUGUGGAUGCCUGUCAGGGUGAUUCUGGUGGACCAUUGGUUAGCGCAGAUUCAAAAGGUACCUGGUUCCUUGCUGGUAUUGUAAGCUGGGGAGAUGAAUGUGCUCUUCCAAACAAGCCUGGUGUCUACACUCGAGUGACAUACUAUCGAGACUGGAUCAUGUCCAAAACUGGUCUAUAG